AUGAGCUCCAGACGACGUUCGAGCGUCUUGCGCCGGAUGUCUGUCGGCUCUGAAAUAGACAGUGUUUGCUUAGAAGUUCCUGAAAUAAAUGACAGUGUGAAUACGAAGGUUUCGGUUUCUGACUUCACUCCCUUGAAGGUUCUGGGCCAAGGAGCAUAUGGCAAAGUUCUUCUGGUGAAAAACAAAUAUACGGGCCGUCUAUUCGCACAAAAGGAGCUGAAAAAAGCUUCCAUCAUGGUGAAUUCCAAGACUUACGAGCGCACAUUUUCAGAAAGAACGAUUCUUGCUUCCAUUUCGUCGCAUCAAAACAUUGUCAAACUGUUCUAUGCCCUUCAUGACGAUCAAAAACUGUAUCUAAUUCUGGAAUACAUUCCAGGAGGAGAACUUUUCCAACAUUUAGCUCAGCGCAGAUUUCUAGAUGAGAAAAGUGCAUCGUUCUAUGUGGCACAGAUGGCUCUGGCCCUUAGACAUCUUCAUGAGAUGGGGGCCGUAUAUAGAGAUCUGAAACCUGAAAAUUGUUUACUGGAUAAAGAUGGCUACCUGGUGCUGACCGAUUUUGGGUUGGCAAAGCAACCACUUGACACAAGCUCAGAAAACUGGUGCAACUCGAUCAUAGGAACUCCAGAGUACUGCUCCCCGGAGGUCGUGAGAGGAGACGAGUACGGCGUAAAGACAGAUUGGUGGUCAUUGGGAUGUGUGAUGUUUGACCUACUCACUGGUUCACCUCCAUUUACUGGAAAUAAUCAUAAAACCAUUAUUGAUCGCAUCUUGAAACAAAAACCCAAAUAUCCAUUUUAUCUCACAUCUGAUGCCAAAGACCUUCUGGCCAAAUUGCUCAACAAAAACCCGCAGAAAAGGCUCGACGCAGACUCAGAAUGGUCCAAAUUUACAAAUCAUCGCUUUUUCCGGUACUUCAAAUGGCAAGAUCUCUGUGACAGAAAAGUUCCUGCCCCCAUAAUUCCAACUAUCACAGAUCCAGAGAAAGCCGAGAACUUUGACGCCAUGUUUACGAGUCAGACGUUCACAAUGUCUGAAGCUCAACCAAUCAGCAUUCCCGCUUCGUCAGACGAGCCUGACCAUUUCAAAGGCUUCUCGUACACUGCGAGUGAUAAUUUAUUUCAGCAUUAUUUAAGCAAUCAUAACUCAUAG